AUUGCGCAGGCCUAUCAUGUUGCAUUCGUUCCGAGUUGUUUCUAUGGGCUACAAGUCUAGCUUUUACAGAUCUUUACACAAGAUGCUGUCUGAGAUUUUGUGGUGAUUUUAUGCGAUUGAAUGAUGACACGUAGGCAAGCAUGAGGGCAUUAGAGGCAGGAAUAUUGGUGAAAUUGAGAGAGGGGAGGGGAGACGAGUGUGUUAUGGAUGGUUGUCCCCAUUCCUGUAGGGUUUUUUAAUAUGACAGUUCCUCAAAGCACGGCAGCAGACAACGAGCGUAUAUAGGCUAUAGCUCAGUGGAGUGAACUAUGUAGUUGUGCCAGAGCGGUUCUGUGGGGGCGUGCGGCUCGGUGGACUGUGAUCGGGGCUGUGUUCACUUGAGAGGAGAUGGCUGUUCUGACUGUCCAAGCAGGUUUGCCGGACCAUUCUUGUUGAGAUGGGUUUUGAAGGAGAAGCGUAGGAAGUUAUGUAAAUUAGGCCAGACACUCUGAGGUAUGUUGUCUGUCUGCAUUUGUCUAAAAUGAAAAAGGGAGGGAGCAGCACAAAUACCGCACAGCCAGACGCCAUGCAGGGGGAGCCCUCCCCUCAUCCAUGAGUGCUGAAAUGUCUGGACUGGAGCCUUAGUGUGUCAUCAGAUAGUGUCAGACUGCAUCCAGCAGGGGGGAUGAUAAGAGUUUAUUGGAAGUAGCCUUUCAGACACCCUGUGGAAGAUUUUCCUCUAAAAUACAUUUUCAAUCAGUCAGACAGAUUUGGUCAUUGACCUUUUCAACAGUAGUUUCUCCAGACCAGACUGUCAGGGGUUUUAGCGAGGAGCCAGUAUGGAGUGGUCACUAGAAAGGGUGAGGGAGAUGGUGGCUGGAGGGAUGCAGUCUAUGAGGGACUGUGAGUCCAGUGCCUUUGGUACAGCCAUGUGCCUGCUGCUGCUCUUUGUGUGGUACUGUUACAGGGUAGGUCGUGAGCACAGCUCCUCUCCCCUGCGUGGGGGGUACAGCAAUGAGCCCAGUCGAGUAGGAGGGGGUGGGGGGGCCUUGAUCAGCACAGAUGGAGAUGGUAGGGCUAAAGGCAGGCCGGUGUCAGGGGUGGAGGAGCAGAACGGCUUUGCUUACUGCCAGUCCACCGAGUGUUUUCGCUGCACCAACACAGGGGAGGGUCUUAAUCAGAGGCUGUACCACAGCUUGCAGGAUUACGCCAAACGCUACACCUGGUCAGGCAUGGGUAGGGUACACAAAGGGGUACGAGACCAGGGCCGCUACCUCACCAGCCGGCCCACCAUCCAGAGGCCAGAGGUGUUCUUCCUCCCUGACCUGCCCUCAGCACCCUUCUUCUCCCGGGACGCACAGAAACACGACGUGGAGCUGCUGGAGAGGAGCUUCCCUGCUCUGCUGGCUGAAUUUGAGAACAUCUACCAUGCCCCACCAGCGCGGGCUGGCUCCUCCCUGCCUCCGGGCUGGAAGGCCAACAGCACCCCUCAUGGCCAGUGGUGGACCUUCUACCUGGUGAACCAGGGAACUCCGCUGGCCCUCAACGCCAGGAGGUGCCCCCGGGCCUGGAGGGUGCUGGGCCAGCUGCGCACCUUCAUUGCCAACAAUGUGUUUGGAAACGCCUGCUUCUCUGUGCUGACCCCCGGAGCCCUGAUCACUGAGCAUUACGGCCCAACCAAUGUCAGGCUGCGCUGCCACCUGGGUCUUAGAGUGCCCUCUUCCUGUGAGCUGGUAGUUGGAGGGGAGCCGCAGUGCUGGUCUGAGGGGAGCUGUCUGCUGUUUGAUGACUCCUUCCUCCACAGGGCAUUCCAUGAGGGCAGCCCAGAGGAUGGCCCCAGGGUGGUCUUCAUGGUGGACCUCUGGCACCCUAAUGUGGCAGCUGCUGAGAGGCAGGCUCUGGACUACAUCUUCACCCCUGGACGCUGAGCAGACGGUGGGGUGCUGUGGGGGGGG